AUGAGCCCCGGGGGCGCAGGCUGCUCCGCCGGGCUGCUACUGACAGUCGGCUGGCUGCUCCUGGCGGGCCUCCAGUCAACGUACGGGAUCAACAUCACCGCGGUCCAGGAUCCCAGCUUGGCCAACGAGGGCGAGGGCGAGAACGAGGUCGAGGAGGAGGCUGAAAACGACAGCGAGGCCGAGAACGAGCCCCAGGCUGAGGCCGAGGAGGAUGUUUCAAAUAGGACAGUAGUCAAAGAAGUAGAAUUUGGGAUGUGCACCGUUACAUGCGGUGUUGGUAUAAGAGAAGUUAUAUUAACAAAUGGAUGCCCUGGCAGUGAAUCCAAAUGUAUCGUACGGGUGGAAGAAUGUCGUGGACCAGUCGAUUGUGGCUGGGGUAAACCAAUUUCAGAAAGUCUUGAAAGUGUUAGGCUAGCAUGUGUUCAUACAUCUCCUGUAAACCGUUUCAAAUAUAUUUGGAGACUUCUAAGGCCAGACCAACAGGCCAUUAUACUUGCAAAUGAUUCAGCAAUCCUGGAGGUUCACAGGGAUACUCACCCCAAGGCUUUUGAGUGUGAAACCUGGGAUAAUAAUGAAAUAGUAGCAUCUAUUAAAUUCACAAUCUAUACAACAACUGAAUUGCAGAUGAAAAGAUCAAGCCGACCAGACACUGAUGCAGUCCUAGUUUUUGUUCUAACCAUAGGAGUUAUUAUGUGUAUAUUCGUGAUCUUUCUACUGAUGUUCAUAAUUAUAAACUGGGCGGCAGUCAAAGAUUUCUGGGGGGCAAAAGCUUCGACAACUGAGAUACAGUCUGAGCUGAGUUCAGUGAGAUACAAAGAUUCAACCUGUGUUGACCAAUCACCAACAGAAAUACCUGGACAUGAAGAUGAUGCUUCAAGUGAAUGGAAUGAAUGA